GUGAUAGAGUCACUGGGAGGUACAGAAGGAAUGGGUGGACAUACUGUAUCAGUGGGGCAGGAGUGACCAGUGGUGGGGCAGGGAGAAGCUGAUCCUGAUGCCCCCUUCUUAUCGGGGCUUGCUGACUGCAUUAUUCUGCAGCUAAGUAUUUCUGCGGCAUUCAAGUGCAAACUCCUACCUGCUCAGGCACGCCGCCAUGAUUCUCCAACGCCUCUUCCGGUUCUCCACGGCCCUACGGUCUACCCUUUCCCUUCAACUCCAGCGGAACAUCGGCUUCACGGCCAUUGCCUUCAACAAGACCAAGGAUCUCGACCCCAUCCAGAAGCUCUUCAUUGAUAAGAUUCGUGACUAUGACGUUAAAAGCAAGAAAGCUGGUGGCGUUGUUGAUGCUGGCCCAGAGUUUCAGAAGAACAUGGAGCAGGAGAUAACCAAGUUGCAGCGACUCUAUGGUGGAGGAGAUCUUGAGAAGUUCCCAGAUUUUAAAUUUGAGGAACCAAAAUUUGAAGAAGUCAGCAAGUGAUUAGUUUCCAGAAAAAGGAAUUGUCUUUUCGUUGUCGUUUCCCGAGGCUGUAAAAUUGUAAUUUAAUAAAUUCUCUUGGAUUACAAUCUUA